UAUUUCUUGCUUCUUCUUCAAUUAAUUGGUAUUAAUCUUAUAAAUUUGCUCUAUAUAUUUGUGGUUCUAAAUGGACAGAUAUGGUUUUUAGAUAAUUUUCUUUUCCUUACUCUCCAAUUAAUUAAUGUUACUUUUACAUAUUUAUUCUUAAUAUUUGUGGUUAUAAAAUGAAUGUAAUAUGAUUUUUUUGGUCUUUUUAUUUAAUCUAUCUCCUAUAUAUGUAAAUGCUUAUGUUAGAGUUGGUAUUUAUCAAGAAACAAUUUGUUAAUGCUCUCGAUCCUCUUCAUUUUUGUGGUAUUUCUCAUUUUCUCUUGCUUCAUUUUUAUUUUGUAGUUUAGAAUACAUUUUAUAUUGUAUUUUACUUCAUAUGCUUGAGUAGUGUAUAGAUUAAAAAGGAAAGAAUUAGACAAAUUUUAACUUUAAAAAAUGUUGAUGACUCAAAUAAGAAAUGACAAUGCAUAUUAGCUAAAUUGUCAUUGUUGGAACUUGGAAGUACUAAUUUGGAAGAUUGCAUAAAUAUUUAGCCAUCUUGUACCUCUUAUAGCUUGGGAAAUGAAAAAAUUAUAUAUGUGCAUAUGUGUGAAUAUAUUUUGCUUUGUGAUUUGGAAACAAAAAAUUAUAUACAUGUUUAUUAUAAGGUUGUUAUAAUAUUUUAUUUUAAUAUAUAAUUUUUUUUGGUUUGAAAACAUGUAGAUAAACAUGGAUGGACUUCAAAUAAAUCUUGAAUCAAGUAGCUUUGAAAUGCCUAUUAAUUUAGAAGAUGUUGCAAGUCCUAUGGAGGGAGUCACAAGUGGGCAUAAAGUGAAACGCAAGAGAAAACUCACUUCAAAGGUUUGGUCUUACUUUGAUGUGCUUCCUUUGGAUGUUGAUGAGUUAGGUGCCAAUACACAAAAAUCACAAUUGGAGCUUUAUUUAGAGGAGCCAAGGAUGGCUACUGAAAUUGAAUUGAAUGUGCUUGAUUAUUGGAAAGCAAAUCAGUUUCGUUAUCCUGAAGUUGCUUCAAUGGCUCGUGAUCUAUUGAGUAUCCCUAUAUCCACCGUUGCUUCUGAAUCUGCUUUUAGCAUUGGUGGACGAGUAUUAGAUCAAUUUCGUAGUUCAUUAAAGCCUAGCACUGUUGAAGAGAUAGUUUGUACAAGAGAUUGGUUAUUUGGGCAAAGAGGUAAUUAUUUUUAUUAAUGUUUUCUUUAUUUCAUUUGCAUAUAUUAAUAAUUUUUUUGUUUCACUAAUUUAUUUUAUUAAUGAUUUUUUUGUUUCACUAAUUUAUGGAAUGCAAGAAAAAUUUGAAGCACAACUUGAGGAUCUUACU